CGCCCGGGAGCCCGGGCCUCGCCCUGCAGCCCCGGCCCGCUCGGCGGGGAGGAGGGAGCGGCGGGGAGGGACCCGCAGCCGGUACCCACUGAGGCUCCACGAUAGCCCUGGGGCUGGUGGUGGAAUUCUUGCAGCUGAUUUCUCCUUUUUUAUGCUCUUUGGCUCUCCAUGUGAGCCAGAGACAAAUGGAUGCGAUCGCCAGCGGCAACCUUAAGAGGAAGUUUGAAGAUGUGGAUGUGGGCUCGCCCGUCUCCAACUCGGACGAUGAGAUCUCCAACAGCGACAGCGCCGACAGCUGCGAUAGCCUCAACCCCCCAAGCAGCAUGGGCUUCAUACCCACAUCCAUCCUGAAGAGGCAGAAGCAGUUGCGCCGGAAGAAUGUGCGUUUCGACCAGGUGACUGUGUACUAUUUCGCCCGACGCCAGGGCUUCACCAGUGUGCCCAGCCAAGGGGGCAGCUCCCUGGGCAUGGCCCAGCGCCACAACUCCGUCCGCAGGUACACGCUGUGCGAGUUCGCCCAGGAGCAGGAAGUGAAUCAUCGGGAGAUCCUCCGGGAGCACCUCAAGGAGGAGAAACUCCAUGCCAAGAAAAUGAAGCUGACCAAGAAUGGCACAGUGGAGUCAGAGGAGGCAGAUGGCCUGACCCUGGAGGACGUGUCAGACGACGACAUAGAUGUGGAGAACGUGGAAGUGGAUGACUAUUUCUUUCUGCAGCCACUGCCCACCAAGCGGCGCCGAGCCCUGCUCCGGGCCUCAGGGGUUCACCGCAUCGAUGCUGAGGAGAAGCAGGAACUGCGCGCCAUCCGGCUGUCGCGAGAGGAAUGCGGCUGCGACUGCCGCCUGUACUGCGACCCCGAAGCCUGCGCUUGCAGCCAAGCUGGAAUUAAGUGCCAGGUGGAUCGCAUGUCCUUCCCGUGUGGCUGCUCCAGGGACGGCUGUGGGAACAUGGCCGGGCGAAUAGAAUUUAAUCCCAUCCGGGUGCGGACUCACUAUCUCCACACCAUCAUGAAGCUGGAGCUGGAGAACAAGCGGCAGGUGAGCCGGCCCCAGGCCUUGGAGGAGGAGUCUCUGCACAGCUCCGGCAACGACUGGCUGGGAACGCAGCCCUCGGAGACGCAAGACUUCCAGGAGUUCAUGGCAGAGAACGAGACAGCUGUCAUGCACCUGCAGACAGCGGAGGAGCUGGAGAGGCUGAAGGCUGAGGAAGACUCCAGUGGCGCCAACAUAGAGAGCUUAGGAGUGUGCAUCCUUGAGGAGCCUCUGGCUGUGCCUGAGGGGCUGUGUCCAGGCCUACCCACGCCUAUCCUCAUUCAAGCCCAGCUCCCUCCGGGCUCGUCUGUUCUGUGCUUCGCAGACAGCACCGAGCAGGCAGCCUCGGCUGGGGGCGACCAAUCCUACUUGAACAAUGGGCCGGUGGUGUACUACCAGGUGGACCAAAGGUCCGUGCUGGGGGUGAAGGGGGAGAGUGGCACGGAGGAGUCGGAGAUGCCCUCUCCUUACACGAAUGAGAAGGAUCUGAGCAUCUUCUCCGUCCCCAUGGCCUCGCUGAUGCCUUGCAGCAGAGCCGUGGCCCCAAGCAAGACGGAGACAGGGAAAGUAGCCGCCUUGUCUCUGGAGCCCUCCCCACCCCACGAGAGCUGCAGGGCAGCCGCAGCUCCUCCGUUCCGUACAAACGCUCCGUCGUCUGGACUGGAGCAGGCCCUGGAGAGUGUGUGUGAGCUGCCUUCCCCGGAGGAGCACUCCCUGGGGCCCGCCCUGGCUGUGUGACCCAGCCCCUGGCCCCUCCAGGAGCUUUAACUGAUGUCUAUUUAUUGACAGAUAUUUUAUCAAGUGGCAGUUGCCGCUGAGGAUUAUUUAACUGGUAUCGGGGGUGGGAGCCAGGCUGCUUUGUAUGAUUUCAAAGGAAACCAAUUAAACCAAGCGCUUGUGGUAGCCUCUUGAGAGGCUCCCUCUUCCGAGAGGGUGGGGCACCACAUCUAACACUGGAGGUGCUGCUCUAUGUGCCAGAUGAGGGAGGAGGCUCAGCUGAGCUCCCUCCCAUUUGUGGAACUGGGUGUCUCUCCCCCCCCUCCACCCCCCCGGGACCAUCCUAUGUGAAUCUGUGUCUGUCUCCUAUAAGCAAUAGUGCGAAGCUGCCUCUUGUUCCUCCCCUUCGAGCACCGGACUUGGCCUGCAGGGCAGCAGGGACGUCUUUCCGUGGUUGCUUCCUCCCCCCCGUGAUAUCGAAUGUGUUUGUGUGGCAGAGUCUCCAUCCUGCUUCUCCUCCCAGGUGAAACUGACAACAUUCCUACCGUGCCGUCUGCUUCAGCACUUGCCCUUGGAACCUCCUGUCUGAACCCCACCCCAGCAGCAGAACAGCCUGGGCUCUCCGCGCUCUCCCCUGGUAGCUGCCACCCGUACCCUACCCCAGAGAGAUGGCUUUCUGUGGAUCAGUCAUCCUCCACGACUGGUUACGUUUCCUCUUUCGGCAUGCAGCCAUUUUACAAACCAACACCCAGCUUAGAGUCUCCUGCUCGGCAGUAACUUUGUCCUGGCCUCCCCGACUUUUUUUUUUUUUUUAAUGUGCUGAAUGUUUACUGGGUCAUUCUGUGACCCAUUGCCUGUAACUGACACUACAGUCCCUGUGCUGGGCUGUGGCAAACCCCUCUGGGAGCUCCCUCUUUGGACCUGGGCUCCUCCAACGGAAUUGCUCUUCUCUGUGGACGUAUGAACGUUGGAUGGUAAAGACUGGUAACCUGGUGGAGAUGGGGGGGGGGGGUGCUACCUACCUGUUUCCUAAUCAUGUCAAUGUUUUCUGUUUUAAUUGCACAGGAAGUGGAGUGAGAGGGGGAGGACCAAGAACAUGAUCCAUGUGCUCAUCUAAAAAAAAGGUUCCUGCCACCCAGUCACUUAAUAGCAAUCCUCUGUCCUGGCUCAGUCUGAACUGGAGGGCAAGAGGGUUGUAUGCAAUGGAAUUGCAGCCCUGGGUGACUGAGUGAGCAGCAAAUCUUUCAGUCGCUGGAAGAAAUUGGCCCUUUCCCUACUAGGGCUGUCUGUGAAUUCAGCAGAGAUUGCAAAGGUGCAAUAUGUUGGUGGCAGAGAAGGUGCUUGUGCUCUGGGCUUGCAUCCCAGCCUGGUGCAGGGAGGCACAUCAUCAUCAUUCUAAUAAGCCCCAGCAUUUCCCCCAGACUCAGGGGAAAAGACUAAAUCUUCUCAAAACUGCCACAAUUUUCUGUCCUAACAGCCCAUCAACCCUGCCUUCCAGGCAGGUAGCAAAAGCACUUUUCUCCCUAAACUCACAGGCAUCUUUCCUUCUGUGAUGAUAAGCUGGUACAGACCCCUUCCUGAGUCCCCUCAUUCUCUUGGCCCAAGGAGAACCCAGCUGUAUUUCUCUGCACUGUACUUUCUAAAGGGCCAGGACCCAGCACAACUGCAGCACAAAACUUCUGCGGAGAGCAGAAAUACCUUCCCCUUCUCUUUCAGAUGCCUGGAGCCUGCCAGGCUCCCACAACAAUCUUGUCCAUGUCACUCUGUUCCAUUACAGAUUUCUUAAGAGUGCUGGAAGGAUACGAAGUAGUCAGUGGUGGGUUGGCUACAUGUUAACACCUUGCUGGAUCUCUAGGUGAACAGGGCUUGGGCGCCUACUGUGUUUUGGUGACUGGUAUUUAAAAUCCACUUGCUGCCUGACUUUUUUUUUUUUUUUUUUCCUGGUGCAGCGAACGUUGUGUCAGCAAACUAGCUUUUCCUCUCUGGUUUAGACUGUGAACCUCCUCUGGCCUCAGUGUCCAUGUAUCCUUAAACAUCAGCCACGCAGUCCCCUCGCCUGCCUGCUGGGGCUAUGAGCACAACCCCAUCACCAUGACUGUGAGAAAUGGACAAGAACAGCUCACACUGGUGCAGGUGCUGAUGUUUCUUCUCUCCCUGGUUUGUUACUAGGGGAAGGGCACAAAUGAAAUCACUAAAUUCUCUAUUUCCAAAUUCCACACUCUGAGCUAUAAAGUUGGGUGCUGUAGAAUAGAUGGAGCUGGCCGGCCCACCCCCAGGGCAGCUGUCCUUUCAAAAGUGGGUCCCUAACCAGGCUGCUGAAUCUUGCACUUGGUGCCCCACAGCUGGGCAUCUCCUGUAGACAGCCAAAACACUGCCCUCCCCCCAUUUUUGUUGCCUUAAUUCCACAGCCAAUCCCCUUCCUCUGGGACAGCAAGGCUUUAAAAGUCAUUCUUGCAGUAGGAGAGCUGCUGAGCGCUCUGAGCUUCACCCCUUGGCUGACCUGUACCCAGCAGAGUCAGGAAUGAACCAUUCACACCUUUUCCUGGUAGAUCCCUUUGAAGCCUUUAGCGGGGAGAAUUCCCCCUCCCCCCCCAGCAUUCCAAGAUGGUGCUGCCAGUGAGUAGGAGGAGGUUAGUUGAACCCACAGGUAAAGACUAAAGCUCUUCUCACUCCCCAGGCCCCCAUGGAAUAAUCGUCACCUGUGCCAGGAGGAGGAGAACUCCCUCUGCUUCACACAACUGGCUGUGUGUGUUGCUCAGGUGUUGAGUAACUGUGGAUUGGCCAUUUGCCAGCCUGACUCCUGCAUGUAUCUGUAAGGGCUUUGGACAUGUCGUCUGCUCCUAGGAGAAGCAGGGCAGCUCUCCUCUGCGAGGGAGAGAGAGAGUGGUUCUGCCUGGUGACAUUGAAUAGGUAAAAUCUUUGAUACUAAAGUUCCCUUCUUGGUUUGUAUCCAAACCCUUUGUUACAGAAGCAAAUGAAACUAGGCUGGGGCCUUCUGGUGAUGUGGAAAUACAGAGGAUGACCAGAGGCUGGACUGCUUUAAAUGAAACUACAGAAGCAGCCUAGGGCAGCAGUUCGGAUGGGGGCUCUGGCGCUAAGCAAAGAACUAAUAGGAUUUAUUCUAUUUUUACAAAGAUAACUAAUGAACGUGCAUUUUGGCCUUUUCCCUCCCCCCUUCCCCCCCCACACUUUGUGACACUAAUGCUGGUACUGCACUGUCUCCUCCUCAACCACUUCUGUUAGCCAUGUCGUAAACCCAACAGCCCAUCUCACUUCUGGUGCUAUUGAGCUGUUGCCUGUUCCCAAGCGGAGACAUUUUGGUUCUAGCCCCUGCUCCUCUUUGGAUUUAAAUAGUGACUUUUCCAGUCUCCUCUCACACACUGUAUACAGGUGGGAUUUUCAGUGUGAAUCCAAAGCUUGUCAGGUCCUCUGCAUUUUUUUUGACCUUUUAGGUUCUUUUCAUUGUGAUAACGCUGUAUUUAAAGAGAAUAUUUAAGUGUAAAAAUAAAUAAAUGCUCAAACUUGC